CACACGCCGGCAGCAGGAGAAAACGUAGAAGAAGAGGGGAAAAACCGCGGAAAACCACGCGCCGCUGGGCUGGGCCCCGGCCCCGGCCACGCCCCGCCCGCCCGCCAGACGACACGAUACGACACGACACGACGGCACGAGCCCACCACCCUCUUCCCCUCCCUCUCCGGCCGCCCGGCAGGCAGCCCAUGUGCUCACAUGCCACUCCGCCUCGCCUCGCCACGCCACCCUCUUCCACCUCACUCCUCCCUGGCCUAGCUUAGCAAGCUCACUUGUUUGCUCUGCCGCCGAGCGCACCGGCGUCACCAAACGGCCGGCGGGAUGAAGGAGGGCGGCGGCGGCGGCGGCGAUGGUGGGUUCGUGCGGGCCGACCAGAUCGACCUCAAGAGCCUGGACGAGCAGCUGGAGCGCCACCUCAGCCGCGCGUGGACGAUGGAGAAGCGCAAGGAGGAGGCAGCCACCGGCGCCGACCAGCGGGGCAGGCCGGCGCUCGCCCCCGCGCACUCGCUGCAACGCCGGCAGCGGAGGGAGGACUGGGAGAUCGACCCCGCCAAGCUCGUCAUCAGGGGCGUCAUCGCCCGCGGCACCUUCGGCACCGUCCACCGCGGCGUCUACGACGGCCACGACGUCGCAGUGAAAUUACUUGAUUGGGGGGAGGAUGAUCAUAGGUCAGAACAAGAUAUUGCGGCACUAAGAGCAGCUUUUUCACAGGAGGUCUCUGUCUGGCAUAAGCUGGACCAUCCAAAUGUAACAAAGUUUAUAGGGGCUGUAAUGGGUGCAAGGGAUCUAAAUAUUCAGACAGAAAAUGGACAUAUUGGCAUGCCAAGUAAUGUCUGCUGUGUCAUCGUUGAGUACCUUCCUGGGGGUGCACUAAAGGGAUUUCUGAUAAAGAAUAGGAGGAAGAAGUUAGCUUUUAAAGUUGUGGUUCAAAUAGCUCUUGACCUUGCCAGGGGGUUAAGUUAUCUUCACUCAAAGAAGAUUGUGCACCGUGAUGUAAAAACUGAAAAUAUGCUUCUUGACAAAACAAGAACAGUGAAAAUUGCUGAUUUUGGUGUUGCUCGACUUGAGGCUUCAAAUCCCAGUGAUAUGACAGGGGAAACAGGCACCCUUGGUUACAUGGCACCUGAGGUUCUCAAUGGCAGUCCAUACAACAGGAAAUGUGAUGUUUAUAGCUUUGGAAUUUGUUUGUGGGAGAUAUACUGCUGCGAUAUGCCAUAUCCAGAUUUGAGCUUCUCAGAGGUCACCUCUGCAGUUGUUCGUCAGAAUUUAAGGCCUGAGAUACCACGCUGUUGUCCAAGUUCAUUGGCGAACGUGAUGAAACGCUGCUGGGAUGCGAACCCUGACAAGCGACCUGAGAUGGCCGAGGUGGUGUCGAUGUUGGAGGCGAUCGAUACGUCGAAGGGCGGAGGCAUGAUCCCUGUAGACCAGCGACAAGGAUGGCUUUCAUGCUUCAGGCGAUACAGAGGCCCAUGAACAUAGCGCGCUAGCUGGAGUUGUAUCUGCUGCAGAUUGACGACUGCAUCUCGUGUAAUUCGAUUACAUUUGUUCUAAGGUAAGCAAACUGGUUAAUGGAGCUAGUGUGCUUAAGAUCUUUGGUUUGAGUAGCCUCUGAUGUAAAUUCCCUGUUCACUUCACCUCUUCUGUUUAUCAUUGAAGAACCAGCUCGGUUCGUUCAUCCA